AUGCCUUCUAAGGCACUUGAGUGUGCCCAAGAGGGGUGGAUGUUGGGAUUUCCGCUGAGCUAUCUCGAAGUUUUGAAGCAGAAUUGCGAGAAGAUAGGGAGACCACUUAUCAUCGACGAGGCUCAGAAUGUGCUUGGGAAAGCUGACGAUUUUUUCUCUUUCACGCAUCAUACUGAGGAUGGAGGCGUGGUGCCUGAUACUCUAACUUUGAGCAAGACGAUGGGGAACGGUCUGCCACUCAGUUAUGUCCUGACGUCGAACAAGAUCGCCAGGCAUGCUGAAGAGAAUGGUUUUCUGCUCUACAAUACGCAUAUCAACUAUCCGUGUCCUGCAGCUGUCAACGAUAACGUGUUUGGAAAAGUGAUUAGAGAGGAUCUCUGUGUUCGGUGCAAGCGGCUCGGUGUCAAACUUCCAGCCGGACUCAAAAAGUUCCAAUCUCGCUACGGGUGUAUUGGAGAUAAUCUUGAUCGCGGUCUCACAACUGGUGUGGAGAUUGUGAGUGAUGGGAAUACGAAGGCUGGUGUAAAAAGUAUACACUAUUGUAAGAUUGCUCGUAGAGCUCUCACGCAGUUAGCGACAAUAGCGUCGCUUGGUGGUGUUUUCAGAAUUGCACACCCGAUUACUGUUAUGGAAGAGGAGUUGGAUGUUGCAUUGGGAAUCAUUGAGGAGGCGCUGAGGAUGACUCCUGGUACGAUGCCGUUGUAUGUAAUAGAUGAGGCAGCGAUAGAUGGCCAGCCUAUUGUGAAGUCAAACAUCUAA